AUCAUGUCUGACUACAGCAGCGACGACGAAGACAUUGAUUUCAGCACACAGCCAAGGGGGUAUCUUUAUGAACCCGAAUAUACGGAUGCUGAAAUUCAACAGAUGGAAGUAGAACGGGCAGAGAGAGAGAGAGAGAUGGUGAGCAGAGAGGUGGAAGGUGAAGCCGCAGCCGCGAGACCUCGAGUGACGGACAAUUGGUGGUGUACUUGUUUCAAGUGCGAAGUAAUGCAGACCGAGGUUGAAUGCUACUGUUGCCAAGAAUGGGACCUCGUUAUGCCACGGAUGCAAGACAUUUCGAUUGACGAGGAGGCCGACGCGUCAGCAUCUGUCUGCAUCACCAACAAUAAGGAUUUACCUGCGCUCCUGACUGCGGGUGUCCUGGAGACAUUUUUCCACAUCCCGAAAAUCAACUGGAAGAAGCGCCCCAGACCAGCUGGACCCGAUGGCCAGUUGUCUGCAGAACAGUACAGGCUGGUCGCCUAUCGCAUUAUAAUGGAAUGGGCCCUGAAAGGAGAGAAGCUUGGUCCAGGCAACAGGAGAGCUCUUCCCUCUUGUGUGGUGGCGCUAAUAAGAAAAACAUAUCCAUCACCAAAUGGACAAUAUGUAGGGUUCAAAGAGUCAAAUGAUGCCAUGCAAUUGUUUUAGAUUUUAAAAGUACAAAACCUUUACUGUAAAUUUCUACUU